ACAUUCGCGAGCGCAGCAGCCACCCUGCCCUCACAGAUGGAGCGAUCUGCGGAGUGAGCACGGAGCUUGGAGCGGACAAGGGCGAGAAGGGGCGACCGCAGCAGGUGGAAACCUGAUCCAGAGCCGGCGAGCAAGAAGAAAGUACCUGAGCACCGCUCCUCCUCCGCCCCCUCAGCUAAGAAGAACUACUUUUACCCUCAUCGUAAAAGAGACUUAAGGGAAGGUGGAGGCGAUCUGUUUCAUUAGGAGAGCUGCAGGGAAAUCCUGACCAGAGCAAGCCGCCGCCCGGUUCACCGAGCAGAGCGAUCCUGGGCUUCUGAAGAUAAACGCUUUCCGGAGAAUUCCAGCUGGAGUCGCUGGUACAGUUCUAUUUUUGUAUUUAGAUAUAUAUAUAUAUGUUCUUUGCCUUCCAUUUAAAAACACGGCCCUUGUUUGUUAGCAGUGACACGUGUGACUCUCUCGCUCUCAUUUGCUGUCACUUUUAGAGGGUAGGAGCGCUCUCUGUUUCCGAAAAGGGCGUUCUAAUAGGAAACUCUGUUUUUCCACGUAUCUAUAUGUUUACACGCACGAGCGUUUAGAAAGAGACGGCUCUUUUUAGCUUUUGGUGGCCGGAACCCUACGGAGAAAGAUGGACAAGGGAGCCCGACAGCGAAACAACACCGCGAAGAACCACCCGGGUUCUGACACCAGCCCUGAGGCCGAGGCUAGCUCGGGAGGGGGCGGAGUAGCCCUGAAGAAAGAGAUUGGAUUGGUCAGCGCCUGUGGCAUCAUUGUAGGGAACAUCAUUGGCUCUGGAAUCUUUGUCUCACCAAAGGGUGUGCUGGAGAACGCGGGUUCCGUGGGCCUUGCUCUCAUUGUCUGGAUCGUGACGGGUGUCAUCACAGCCGUGGGAGCCCUCUGCUAUGCUGAGCUAGGCGUCACCAUCCCUAAAUCUGGAGGUGAUUACUCCUAUGUCAAGGACAUCUUCGGAGGACUGGCUGGGUUCCUGCGGCUGUGGAUUGCCGUGCUGGUGAUCUACCCCACCAACCAAGCUGUCAUCGCCCUCACCUUCUCCAACUACGUGCUGCAGCCGCUCUUCCCUACCUGCUUCCCCCCUGAGUCCGGCCUGCGACUCCUGGCUGCCAUCUGCUUGUUGCUCCUCACAUGGGUCAACUGCUCCAGUGUCCGAUGGGCCACCCGGGUUCAAGAUAUCUUCACCGCUGGGAAGCUCCUGGCCCUGGCUCUGAUCAUCAUCAUGGGUAUUGUGCAGAUAUGCAAAGGAGAAUUCUUUUGGCUGGAGCCAAAAAAUGCAUUCGAGAAUUUCCAAGAACCUGACAUCGGCCUGGUCGCCCUGGCAUUCCUCCAGGGCUCCUUUGCCUAUGGCGGCUGGAACUUCCUUAAUUAUGUGACUGAGGAACUUGUGGAUCCUUACAAGAACCUUCCUAGAGCCAUCUUCAUCUCCAUCCCACUGGUCACAUUUGUGUACGUCUUUGCUAAUAUCGCAUAUGUCACUGCCAUGUCCCCCCAGGAGCUGCUGGCCUCCAAUGCAGUUGCUGUGACUUUUGGAGAGAAGCUCCUUGGGGUCAUGGCGUGGAUCAUGCCCAUUUCUGUUGCUCUGUCCACAUUUGGUGGAGUCAAUGGUUCCCUCUUCACCUCCUCCCGGCUGUUCUUUGCUGGAGCCAGAGAAGGCCACCUUCCCAGUGUGUUGGCCAUGAUCCACGUGAAGCGCUGCACCCCAAUCCCAGCCCUGCUCUUCACAUGCCUCUCCACCCUGCUGAUGCUCGUCACCAGCGACAUGUACACACUCAUCAACUACGUGGGCUUCAUCAACUACCUCUUCUAUGGGGUAACGGUUGCAGGACAGAUAGUCCUUCGCUGGAAGAAGCCUGACAUCCCCCGCCCAAUCAAGGUCAGCCUGCUGUUUCCCAUCAUCUACUUGCUGUUCUGGGCCUUCCUGCUGGUCUUCAGCCUGUGGUCAGAACCAGUAGUGUGUGGCAUUGGCCUAGCCAUUAUGCUGACGGGAGUUCCUGUCUACUUCCUGGGCGUCUACUGGCAACACAAACCCAAGUGUUUCAAUGACUUCAUUAAGUCCCUAACCCUAGUGAGUCAGAAGAUGUGUGUGGUCGUGUAUCCCCAGGAGGGGAACUCGGGGGCUGAGGAAACAACUGAUGACAUAGAGGAGCAACACAAGCCCAUCUUCCAGCCUGCUCCUGUCAAGGACCCAGAUUCGGAGGAGCAGCCCUGAAGACUGCCAGCCUUUAACUGGCCGCUCCUUCCUUCAUCCUUUCUGCCCUGUAUUCCUGCCUAGGUUCCCCCCAACACACACACACACACACACACACACACACACACACACACACACAC